CUCAAAUGAUCGAUAUGGACGAUCCUCUGGAUUUCGAGAGAGAGGACCAGCUUCUCAAGGUUCCCUCCAUCAACAAGAAAAGGAAGAAGGUUAUUGGGUUGGAUGAUCUUCUGAAUGAUCAUUACAUAGAGCAAAAUAAGCUUAAAGAGAAGCAAUCCAAAAAGGCCAAAGCCCGGAAGUACAGCCAUGAGGAUGAUGACGAAUGUGGCAAUGAAGCUAUGCUGUCUAAGAUUGUUGAGAAAUGUGAAAAGCAGAUGAAUGAAUUAGGCGGUGAAGAAGAAAUCUCCCACUGGGGAGUGCCAGCUUUUGGAGACCAGAAAGCCUUUCCUCCUCUGGAUUUCUCUGAACUUGAAAGUUGCAACCUCUUACAAUCAUUUGUGGACAACAAGCUUAAUUCUGUAGUGGAAUUGGCCGUAGAGAAAGCAGAUAUAUUUCUUGAAGGUUUAUUAAUCAAUGGGUGGCUUACACAAUUGGUUUUCUUGUGUCACCAUGUAGAGAAAUCAGUAGCUACUUGGGCCUUCAAUACAAUGUUAUAUUCAACAAAAGAAGAGCUGCAAACUUGUACCUGUGAUUUUUGGUGUGCAAUUCUUUCAUCUACUGGAGGGGAUGGCCAAUUAACUGUCAAGAUUGAUUGGUUUCCCAAUUAUAAAGAUUUGAGAAGAGCUCUUGACAUCUAUGGAUUUCUCUUCAACUUUUCAUCAAGUGCUGAAACUAUGGAUACAGAUUCUAGUCCUGGAGGACCACCCCAAAAUAUCAGGGCUUGGGUCAGAUUUGUAACCGCUUGUUGUCUGGGCUUAUUUUCUAAUUUAUGCUUGUUUUUGCCUUUCUUGCUCUUUUUUGUGCUCUGUUUAAUAUGCAGCGUCUCAAAGGAUUUGAAUUGCAUUCAAGCUGUCGAAUGCAUUUCAGAAGUCAGCUCUCGUGGUAAACGACUCAGGAGUGCUGUUGCUUAUGAAAGUCUGCUUCCUUGUUUUGAUGGAGUCAACAGUGGAGAGGAGAUACUCAAAUCACUAGCUUCAAUUAAUUUGAAAGACAAGAGUUGUGAUCUCUUUAAUAUGUACAUAUACUUAGUUUUGGCAGAGAAUUGGAUCCUGUCUUGCCCAGAGUUUGAAGACAAUCCAGUACUUUAUGAGAUGUUCUGUCGUUACCUUAAAAAUUGUUCAUGUUUAAUCUCCAGCACAGACCUGCGCUCCUACGCAUCUAAGAUUCGUAAUAGAGCUGCAUAUCUUCUUCACUUCUUCAUCCAUAAAUAAUCAGUUUCAGGUAGAAUGGACUACGUCAGAAAAAUUAUGUCAUUUUGUUUUGGGUGUGGCAUGAGAUAACCAAAUGUCAGACAGCGAAAACUUGGAGUUCGCCACAUUGCGUCUGCGUGCAGCACUUUGCACCUCAUUUGAUCUUGACUGCCAAAAAAAUGCAUGCCUCUUUCUUCUUGCAGCUUGAGAUGUUGGCGUGCCAAUCUAAAGUCAAAGAUGGUGCUUUACGAAUAUUUUUGCUUUUUGCCUGAGCUGUAGUUAAAAACGGUUGCUCAUCCUAGAUUGCAAAUUUGUAAUAUGCAAGCAUAUCUACCUUUAUCUUUUUCCUUUAUCUUUUAUUUUUAUUUAUGCCUACUAAUUGUAACUGCUGUUUUGCUCGUGGUUUGAUGCAAUGGAGAAACUCUCACACUCAAUCGACGAUGACUGUCUGAGGUUGUUUUGUAAGCAUUAAGUACGACUUCUGUAAAGUCAUCAAGCUGAAUCGAUGCGUUAGCUGACACCUUG